CUGAGUGCUUGUUCUGAGCAGACCAUUAUGUUACUGUUAUACCACAUACUUAUUGUCAGCUUUCAACAUGGCGGACGGAGAAAGCACACUCACAGAACUGGGAGCAUUGACGAGAAAACUAGAUUGCUCACAAAAUUCGUGGACUGAGGUUAAAACCACAUUAGAAAAAUUCAAGACAUGGGCGGUGGUUGAAGAGAACCGAUGUAUGGUAUCAGAGACGAAUAUUCUGCAGAUAAAGGAUAUUAUAACGGCCUGCAAGAAUUGCAUGUGUGCACAAAAAGGUGAAGUAGAAGAAAAUAAACUGAUCCCUUGCCUGAAAGCUUUAACAGAAGCGUUUAGAUUCCUGAGAAACUGCUGUGCUGCGACACCCAAGAACCAGAACAGUGUUGUAUCGUUAGGAGUUGUUGAGGAGGUACUUGAUUCAAAUGUGCUUUUACUGAAACCAAAGUUCCAAGAAAAUGAAGGAGGGUCAGAUGUAGUUAGUGAUGCUAUAAAAAGUAGUCUUCAGCUUCUGGGAAACACAGUGGUGAAAAAUAAUGCCACACAGCAGUUUGUAUGGAAUAAGUGCUUCCCAAACUUCUUCUUGAGUGUAAUGUCUUCAGCAAAUCACAACAUACAGGACUGCUUGUGCAUGAUUAUUUACAACUGCCUAAAAGAGCAAUACAGGUUUCAGCUGGUAAGUGCCCAUGAUGGACUCAAGAUUAUCACCCAUGUUAUACAUUUGUGUGCUGAGAAGUCUCAACUUGAAUGGGGGUAUUUUAUAUUAGAUUAUUUGAUCUGCAAUGCAUCAUUGCCCGAGAUCUACAAAGGAAUUGAAUUUGAUCCAUUAGCUAGGAUAAUCUUACUGGACUUAAUUCAAGUCAAAAUAACAGAUGCUUUGGAUGAGCCAAGUUUAGAAUUACAAGGAGAACAUGUGAAACAUGAUUUUUGUAAAGACUCAUUAGCUUACAUUGCUGACGAGUUUGCGAAGCAGGCUGAAAAUAUCACACAACAACUACAACAGCUGAGUCCAUCAUCUGAUGACUUUUUUCAGGUAUUGAUCAUUACACGGCUGUUAAGUGUAUUAUCCAUAAGCACAGGGCUACAGUCGAACCUCACUGGUCUACAAGAAAGGACCUCGUUACUAACCACCUGUGUAGGUUUGUUGAAAAUGUUAUUAUGUGUGGUUAAUAUGGCCAAUACUGUUGAAAAUGACCAAAGGCCAUAGACAUUCUCUGUUAGAUGUCAGUUGUGAGAGUUGCUGCUUGUGAGUUGAGCAACAGACGGUAAAGGAGAAGCAAUACAGUCGUAUUAAUUAACA